AUGCAUCCCACCUCACAGCUGUGGCAUAUCAAGAUAAUAUUAAAAAGAAAACCUCAGUUUUAUAUUGUGAAUCUGAUCCUGCCCAGUAUGUUGCUAAUGGUUAUGAAUAUUGUUGGAUUCUACAUACCUCCAGAAAAAGGAGAGAGAACAUCUUUCAAGAUAACUCUCCUCCUUGGAUAUUCCGUCUUUCUCCUCAUUGUAGCAGAGGCAUCUCCUCCUAUUGGAACACCAUUAAUAGGUUCAUAUUUUGGUAUGGGCAUGGUAUUAAUUGUGCUCAGCGUAAUGGAGAGCAUUUUCAUAUCUCAUCUAGUCCAUCAACAGGAACUUAAUCGAGCAGUUCCUAAGUGGGUGAAAACACUGGUCCUGGAGAAAAUGGCAACUGUUCUUUGCUUAAAGAACAAUGAUUCAUUUAUUACAUCAUGCAAUGAUGCAUCAUCAGAUGUAUCAGAGCAAAAAGAGAACAGCAGCACUGAAAAACUGGCAAACUACAAUGAUGGGAACAUGAAGCAUGAUGGGCAAUUGUCAACCACACAAGACUCGGAAGUACUUCUCAGAGUUCUAAAGGAAAUUGUAUCCUUCCGAGAGUGCCUGAAGAAGAAUACUAAUCAGUGUGACGCCAGAGAGUGGCUUCACGUUGGAUACAUCAUUGAUAAAUUCCUUUUCCGAAUAUAUGUAUUAAUCAUAGUUGUGUAUAUGGCUUCCAUGAUAGUUAUAUGGGCUCAAUAGCCUAGUG